AUGAACUUGGACGACAUCCUGGGAAUUGACAGCAAACUGAUCAGCUAUGGCUCCAGAGAUCCCAAGUUCAACAACAGAGCACAGUUUCCAUCUUUCUACAGAACUAUUCCUGAUGAAUUAUCUGAAAUCUAUGCAAUUGUGAGACUGAUUAAGCACUUUGGCUGGAAAUGGGUCGGGCUCAUUGUAUCUGAUGAUAAAACUCAGCCCUUAGCAGGCAAAAAUCUGGAGAGAGAAAUGAAGAAAGAUGGGGUCUGUUUGGCCUUCUUUCUUAGAAUUAACAGUGAUUCAAUGGCUUCUUCAGAUUCGAUGAAAAUUAAAAAGACAUUACGCAGUAGCUCAGCUAAUGUAAUAGUUAUUUUAACCAGUUUAAUAUCUGUUGAAUUUAUUCUGUUCUUUUUUGCUGUCUUUGACAUGCCAGAGAAAAUCUGGAUCGUAUCUUCAACUUUCUUGAAAGUGUUAGACACAACAUAUCCACAAAAUAGAAAAAUAUUUAAUGGUGCUCUGGUUGUUUCCUUCCAACAAGGAGAGAUUCCUGGAUUUAGGGAAUUUUUGCAUGGUUUAAAUCCAUCUUUGUAUGAAAACGGAAUUUUCUUUCCAAAUAUCUCGGAGCGGUUGUCCAAUUGUGAUUUAUCAACCACCGGACAAAUCAUCCCAAACAGGACAAGCAUCUUCCUUCCAAAGUGUAUGGAAAGUCAAUUCUUUUAUAUGAAUGAUAUGGAAUUCAAUGAUACUCUCAAUUUUAGAAUAUCUUAUGGAGUUUACACUGCAGUGUACAAAAUGGCUCUCGCUCUUCAUAAACUGUACAUCAAAUAUAAAGUGGCAAGUCACCACGACAGAAGGGCAAGUCUGCAAACUCAUUUUAAGCAAUGGCAGGACUACUGUGUUUGUUACCUUGUCCCAGAAAGGAAUAUCCUUGGGACAAUUCCAGAACCUGUAGAUCACAAUGUUACUUCUUCUGCUACUCAUGUUCAGGUGGAGAAGGUCUAUUUGUUAAAUGCUAUGAUGCAGAGUAAAGAUUUUGAAAUGAUUACUGGUGACAAGAUACAUUGGAAAUUUGAACAAGACCCAUCAAAUCGUUAUGAACUUCUGAAAUGUUUUUUCUCAAAAGAAGGAGGUGUCCAAGUUGUUAAGGUUGGGAGCGUUGAUACAACUAAAUCUGCUGCACAUCUGCUUCACAUUGAUGAAAGUGCUGAUCUCUGGGGUCCUUACUUUACAAAGUUUCCCCAAUCUCUUUGUAAUGAACCUUGUGUGCCAGGAUACAGGAAAUCUAAAAUCGAAGGGCGACCUCCCUGCUGUUAUCAAUGUGUGCUGUGUUCAGAAGGAGAAAUGUCCAACACAACAGAUGCACAGAGCUGUAUGAAAUGUUCUGAAUAUGAAAAGUCUAACAAAGAGAGAAAUGGCUGCAUUCCAAAGAAUAUAAACUUCCUGUCUUACAAAGAUCAAUUAGGCGCUACUUUAUCCUCCAUUGCCGUGAUGUGUUCUAUCAUUUGUGGUGUAAUUCUAGGAAUCUUUAUAAAGUACCGUGAGACUCCAACUGUGAGAGCCAACAACCGAAAUCUCAGCUGUCUCCUCCUCAUCUCUCUCAUGUUGUGUUUCCUUUGCACCUUAUUAUUCAUUGGGCGCCCAACCAAGAUAUGUUGUCUCCUCCGACAAGUAACAUUUGGGAUUGUAUUUACUAUUUCUGUGUCAUCUGUGUUGGCUAAAACUCUCACAGUUAUUAUUGCGUUCAAUGCCACAAAGCCUGGGAGCAAGCUGAAGAAGUAUGUAGGAACCAAACAGUCUGUCACACUAGUCAUUGCAGUUUCUUUGGGUGAGACCAUCAUCUCUGCUUUGUGGGUGGUUAUCAGUCCUCCACUUGCAGAGGCUGAUACGUUAUCUGAUCAAGACUAUAUCUUUUUACAGUGUAAUGAAGGGUCUGACUUUUUCUUCUUCUGUAUAAUUGGAUAUAUAGGGACUUUGGCCCUACUAAGUUUCAUUGCUGCAUUUCUAGCCAAGGAUUUCCCUGACCGAUUUAAUGAGGCUAAAAACAUCACUUUCAGUAUGUUGGUGUUCUGUAGUGUGUGGGUGACAUUUGUCCCAGCAUACCUGAGCAGUAAGGGGAGUAGAAUGGUGGCAGUUGAAAUAUUUGCCAUUUUAUCCUCUAGUUCUGGAAUAUUAGGCUGUAUAUUCAUUCCCAAAUGCUACAUUAUAUUUCUUAGGCCUGAAUUGAACACAAAGGACACAAUUGUUAGAAAAUGA